CCUCUUCCGUGAAUUUAACGGAUCACUUUUUGUUUUGCCUCUUCUUCACUCAACGCCAUUAACGCAGGGCAUUUAGUGCUUGGAUCCCCCAAUCGAAAACCCUAACUCCGGCGGAAUUUUUGACUCCCGCGGUGAUCUGAUCAGUGUUCAAACUCCUGGAUGAUUGAGCAUUUAUUUGCCGAGCUUACCGUGGGUAGCUUGUCAAUGGAAAUGGAUCAUUGAGCUCGCGGGGAACUGAUGGCAAGGGAUCACCAUCUGCUCCUUAUGAUGCACCAGAAAUCGUUCAACUUCUUUUAAAACAAUCUUGGAAAGCAUGAACAUAGUCAAGGGUGUGGCUGACCUUAUCCGAAGAACAUCUAAUAUCCAAACUGGAGAAUCUAGUUCACGCUCAACAACAGAGAAGUUUCCAGCACCGGCUCCUAAAAUCUGCUUCAGUGAAGAAGGUGAUGAAGCAAUUUUGCAUACCUUAUGGAAGAAACACGAGAGUAUAACUGAUAAGGUCGACAAGAGAAAGCUGUUCCAUGUUUUCCUCAAGCAAUUUGUUGCCGCAUUCAAGAACUGGGUACCUGUAAAUGCCGGUCAGUUCAUAGAGACUACUCCUACAACAAAUGCCACAGAGUAUCCUCUCCGCUGUGCGGAUGUGGUUGUUGGUUGCUUUGCUGGGCACCCUGCUGAGAUCAUUCUGGCUCUGAUUGAGGAGAUUGGGCAUAUAACUACCCUGAUUGCAGAUUUGAAUUCCAACGGUACACAUGCUGGAUUAGACUUAUCACAGUCACCAAGUUUGAAUGUCUCUGCUGAAGGAUUGCCUGUUCUGGAUGCAUUAACUAUAAUAACCCGUUCAAUGCACAAUUGCAGAGUUUUUGGUUGUUAUAGUGGUGUCCAAAAGCUAACUGCAUUACUGAAAGGAGCUGUUGUUCAACUAAAAGGAAUAGCAGGUGCACUCUCUGGCGAGGAAAAUUUGUCUGACCCGAUUUCAGAGAAAACUCUACUCCUGCAGCAAAUACUUGUUCAUGUGAUAUCGAUAAUGUGCAACUUUAUAGAUUUGAACACAAAUGCUUAUGGAAAAGCUGUGUUUGCACCAUCAAUUGAUGCCUCUACCAGCUCAAAGGUUCUUACUGAUUCAAAGAUGUAUUGGCGUCAGAAGGCAGUUGUUGCUGUCAUGGAGGCCGGUGGCCUUAAUUGGUUAGUAGAGUUGUUACGUGUCAUUAGAAGGUUGAGUCUCAAAGAGCAGUGGACAGAUAUAUCACUCCAAAACUUGACUUUGAAGAUCCUUCACAUAGCAUUAGUUGAGAAUCCACGGGGUCAGAAUCAUUUCAAAAGUAUUGGAGGGCUUGAAGUUUUGUUAGAUGGCCUAGGCCUUCCAUCAAUCAAUGUGCUCUUACUGAAGAAUGCCACCUAUUCUGGUGAUAGAAGAGACGAGAACCCUUGGGUGAAAAUAUUUGAACUUCAUGCACUUUCGCUGACUGUGCUUAGGGAAGCUGUAUUUCGUAAUUUGAGCAGCUUGCAGUAUCUAUGCGAAAAUGGAAGGAUUCAGAAAUUUGCUAAUAGUUUCUGCGCACUUGCUUUCAUGCUUCAAGAGUAUAGGCAGAAAACUAAGGAGUCGUCUGUCCGGGCUGAUUCCCAUCUUCCUUUUCUUGGCUUGAAAAGUGAAAGUCAUGUGAUCCUGCAGCCAUCCUUUUCCCUUCACGCAGAUGCUUCUCACUCUCAACUGUGGGGUGAACAUGUGGUUAAGUUGAGCAGGGUUCUUUGUUCAUUUGUGGUUGCUCCUGAAAUAAUAAAAUCACAAGCUAAUACUGGCCCUGAGGUCGUACCUGUUUCCUCGGCAUAUGGCGAGCUAUCAAUUAGAUGGGUUAUGAGAGUCCUCCUUACAAUCUUCCCGUGUAUGAAGGCUUGUUCGAAUCAGAAUGAGCAGCCAAGUCUUUCCAGGGUCUUUUUAAAUGCCCUCCAGCAUUGUGUUCUUGAUGCUUUCAGGAAGGUUCUUGUUUCAUCCCCAAUAUCACUUGAAGUGUUUAGGGAAGAGCGCAUAUGGGAUCUGAUUUUCUCUGAAAACUUUUUCUAUUUUGGGGCAGGUGGCAUUGAAAUUCUUCAGAUGGAAAUAGUCUCGUGUGUAGAAUUUGCUGCAACUUGUAAAGGGAGUGCUCAUAACUUGCCCGAGUUGUCUGCUUUGUUGGAUGCUCUCGAACAAUGUGCCUGCCAUUCUCUAAUUGCAAAAGUUCUUGCAAAGAGUCUUCUUCGAAUUUUCCGCCUCUCAUCUGAGAAAACUAUAGCUUCUUUCAAGACACUGAAUGCAAUUUCUCGGGUGCUGAGAGUAGCUUGCAUCCAAGUAGAGGAAUCUCGAAGAUCUCAAGCUAUGAACACUUCUCCUGAGUGUGAACUGCUUCCAACCAAUUCUGAUCCUAGAUUUGAUGCAAAUGCGGUAGUCCACAGCCAGGCUGAAUGCAUGGAGACAUGCAUGGGGCUAUUUAAAGAAUUUUUCUUGUCUGCAGAUGAUGCAAAGAGUUUGGUUUUGCAUGAUUGGAGUUGUAUUGAGUGCUUGUUUGAGUUGUUCUGGCAAGAAAGCAUGAGAAAUCAAGUGCUUGAGCAUGUUCUCAUCCUUAUGAAGGUAACACCAUCUACUGCUGAAGACCAAAAAGCGAAGCUGGUGUUGUGCUCAAAGUACUUGGAAACAUUCACUCAAAUCAAAGAAAGGGAGAGAAAUUAUGCAGAACUCUCUGUUGAUCUACUGGUUGGAAUGAGGGAGAUGCUCACGGCUGAUCCCACUUAUUACCAAGCCUUAUUUCGUGACGGCGAGUGCUUUUUGCACGUUGUCUCUUUGCUAAAUGGUAAUCUCGACGAGGCUGACGGAGAGAAGUUAGUUUUGAAUGUCCUGCAGACACUUACUUGUCUUCUUGCCAGUAAUGACAGUUCAAAGGCUGCAUUUCGAGCUCUUGUUGGCAAGGGUUAUCAUACACUGCAAAGUUUGUUACUGGAUUUUUGUCAAUGGCGUCCAAGUGAAGCACUUUUAAAUGCACUUCUUGAUAUGCUUGUGGAUGGGAAGUUUGACCCUAAGGCAAGCCCCCUCAUAAAGAAUGAAGAUGUGAUCAUACUUUACUUGAGUGUGCUGCAGAAGAGCAGUGACUCUUUGCGUCAUUAUGGACUCAACAUGUUCCAACAACUGCUUAGGGAUUCCAUUUCCAAUCGCGCUUCAUGUGUCAGAUCAGGAAUGCUUAGUUUUCUUCUUGAUUGGUUUUCUUGGGAAGAUAUGGACAGCGUCAUUUUGAAGAUUGCUCAAUUGAUUCAGGUCAUUGGUGGUCAUAGUGUUUCUGGGAAGGAUAUACGCAAAAUCUUUGCGCUCCUGCGAAGUGAAAAAGUUGGAACUCGUCAGCAGUAUUGCUCGCUAUUGCUGACCACUAUGCUUUCUAUGCUAAAUGAGAAAGGACCAACGGCCUUUUUUGACCUCAAUGGAAAUGACUCUGGUAUCAUUAUUAAAACACCUCUGCAGUGGCCGCUGAAUAAGGGGUUUUCCUUUUCAUGCUGGCUUCGGGUGGAAAACUUCCCCAGAAAUGGUACAAUGGGCCUUUUCAGUUUUCUCAGUGAUAAUGGGAAAGGUUGCUUGGCAGUACUUGGAAAGGACAAGCUUAUUUAUGAGUCAAUUCAUCUCAAACGACACUUUGUUCAGCUGGACAUUAAGAUUGUCAGAAAGAAAUGGCAUUUUCUGUGUAUCACCCAUAGUAUUGGCAGGGCAUUUUCAGGAGGCAGCUUGGUGAAAUGUUAUGUUGAUGGAGCCCUUGUGUCAUCUGAAAGAUGCAGAUAUGCAAAAGUGAAUGACUUGCUGACAAGCUGUAGAGUUGGCAUGGAAAUUAAUUUACCUCAGAACGAAGAAGAUAGUUAUCCGGAGUUUAUACAAGAUGUCUCAGCGCUUCAUGGUCAGAUUGGUCCUGUUUAUUUGUUUUCUGAUGCCAUUUCCUCAGAGCAAGUCCAGGGUAUAUACUCCUUAGGACCUAGCUACAUGUAUGCGUUCCUUGAUAAUGAAGCUACUCCAUACAAUUAUAAUCCAUACCCCAGUGGGGUUCUUGAUGUGAAAGAUGGUCUGUCAUCGAAGGUUAUUUUUGGACUCAAUGCACAGGCUAGUGAUGGCAAAAAACUCUUCAAUGCUUCUUCUGUAUUCGAUCAAUCUACUGAGAAGAAAUCAUUUGAUGCCAUGGUUAUGGGUGGCACAGAGUUAUGUUCACGAGGGUUGCUUCAGCAAAUAAUUUAUUGUGUUGGGGGAGUUUCUGUCUUUUUCCCCCUUAUUGCACAGUCUGAUAGGUAUGACAAUGAGGAAAAUGGAUCAUUUGAGCCCGCAUUACUUACACCCAUCACCAAAGAGCGUCUGACAGCUGAAGUCCUUGAGCUAAUUGCUUCUGUAUUGGAUGAGAAUUUAGCAAAUCAACAUCAAAUGCAUCUUCUUUCCGGGUUUUCAAUUCUGGGAUUUCUCUUGCAGUCAGUUCCACCUGAGCAACUUAAUUUGGAUACUCUUGCCGCUUUAAAACAUUUGUUUCAUAUUGCUGCAAACUGUGGUUCGGCAGAGCCACUUGUUGAAGAUGCUAUAUCUAGCAUAUUCUUAAAUCCUUUGAUUUGGGUGUAUGCAAAUUACAACGUUCAGCGUGAGCUAUACAUGUUUCUCGGCCAGCAUUUCAAAAAAGACCCGAGGCUACUGAAGACCCUCUGCCGGCUCCCUCGCGUGAUUGAUAUAAUUCGCCAGUUUUACUGGGAUGCUCCGAGAUCCCGAUUUGCUAUUGGCAGCAAGCCUCUUCUGCAUCAUAUAACCAAAAAGAUAAUUGGAGAGAGACCUAACAGAGAAGAAAUCCACAAGAUUCGUCUUCUUUUGUUAAGUCUUGGUGAAAUGAGUCUUGGGCAGGGCAUAACUGGGUCAGAUGUAAAGGCCUUGGUAGCCUUCUUUGAAAUAAGCCAGGAUAUGGCAUGCAUUGAGGAUGUUCUAACCAUGGUCAUUCGUGCUCUCUCGCAAAAAUCGAUGCUUGCCGCUUUUCUGGAACAAGUUGAUCUGAUUGGUGGUUGUCAUGUCUUUGUUAACCUUCUACAGCUGGAGCAUGAGCCAGUCCGGUUGCUGGGCUUGCAGUUUCUAGGAAAACUAUUAAUUGGUUUACCCACUGAGAAGAAGGGUCCCAGAUAUUUUCUUCUUAACGUUGGAAGAUCCAAGUCUAUUUCAGAGAGACAUAAAAAAAUCAGUUCGAGAAUGCAACCAAUCUUCUCAUCCAUCUCUGAUAGGUUGUUCAGAUUUCCACUGACAGAUAACUUAUGUGCUAUCUUGUUUGAUGUACUUCUUGGUGGUGCCAGCCCUAGACAGGUGUUACAGAAACAGGGCCUGGUUGAUAAGCAGAAAAGCAAGGGCACUAGUUCCCACUUUUCACUUCCUCAGAUCUUAGUCCUCAUAUUUAGAUAUUUGUCUGGAUGCAAGGAUAGAUCUGCACGAACAAAGAUAAUCAGAGAUCUGCUAGAUCUACUGGAUUCAAAUUCCUCGAACAUCGAGGCAUUAGUGGAACAUGGAUGGAAUGCUUGGUUGUGUUUUUCUGUAGAGCUUGAUGCGUUGAAAACCUACAAAGGGAAGUCGCAUAACCCAGUUGACGAAGCGCCAGAGCAGGAUUUGCUGAGGCAUCUAUUUUGUGUUGUUCUUUGUCACUAUGUGCGCUCCGUGAAGGGUGGCUGGCAGAUUUUAGAAGACACCGUUAAUUUCCUGCUUAUGCACAGUCAGCAAGGUGAUAUUUCAUACCAUUGGUUACUUCGUGAUAUCUACGAAGAUGCAAUUGAGCGCCUGUUAGACUCGUGUUUUGAGGAAAAUGUGUUUGCUGUACAACCAUGCCGAGACAACACAUUAUAUCUUUUGCGACUGCUUGAUGAGAUGCUUUGCUCUGAAAUGGACCACAGCAUUCUGCUUUCCGCUAAUGAUCCUGAGAUGUCGCUUGAUCUGCUGGAAUCAGAAAGUCAUAAAGGCACCACCUUUGGGUUGGAUGAGGUUCUAAAAGGAGAAAUCGAUGGUGAAAUAUUGAGGAAUCCAUGGGUUGGUAUGCGUACGGAUAAUGAUGUGCUGGAUCAUGGAUGGUGGAAUCUGUAUGAUAGUUUGUGGGUUGUUAUCAGUGAGCUCAAUGGAAGGGGUCCCAGCAGAAUAUUACCAAAAACAUCAUCAACUGAUGGACCAUCAUUUGGCCAAAGGGCCCGAGGCCUAGUUGAAUCUCUAAAUAUUCCGGCAGCAGAGAUGGCUGCUGUGGUUGUGUCUGGAGGGAUUGGCAAUGCCUUAGGUGGAAAACCAAAUAAAACUGUUGACAAGGCGAUGCUUUUGAGAGGCGAAAGAUGCCCGAAAAUCGUCAGCCGGCUUACAGUCUUAUACCUUUGCAAAUCUUCCCUAGAGAGGGCAUCAAGAUGUGUGCAACAAGUCGUUUCACUUUUUCCUUCUCUUCUGCCUGUAGAUGAGGAGCAAAGUAAGAGCAAAUUGCAGUUUUAUAUCUGGGUUUUACUUGCUAUCAGAUCUCAAUAUGGGAAGCUGGAUGAUGGAGCUCGAUUUCAUGUCAUUUCCCACCUGAUCCGUGAAGGUCUGAACUAUGGAAAAUCAUUGCUUGCAGCUAGCAUGGUGAAUAUGGACACUUCUGAUUCAGGGAGCAACUCGAAAGACACCAAUUCCAUACACAAUUUGUUUCAGAAGGAGAGGGUUCUGGCAGCGGUUUCAGAUGAGAUAAAAUACAUAAAAACAUCAAUGUCUGACCGGUCCAAGCAGUUGGAUGAGCUCCGUACUAGGAUGGAUGAGAAUUCUUCUUUGGAAUUUAGUAACAAGAAAGUAUUUGAAGAUGAAAUACUUGGUAACUUGAACUCAAUUUUGGCUUCAGACGACAGCAGAAGGUCUGGAUUCCAUCUUGCACAUGAGGAGGAGCAGCAAAAUUUUGCUGAAAAAUGGAUUCACAUGUUCCGUACUCUCAUUGACGAGAGAGGUCCCUGGUCUGCUAACCCUUUUCCAAAUGCUGCUGUAACACAUUGGAAGCUUGACAAGACAGAAGAUGCAUGGCGACGCAGACCAAAGUUGAAACGGAAUUAUCAUUUUGAUGAGAAGUUGUGUCAUCCUCCUUCAUCCAGCGUUAGCAACCAAGAUAAUAUUCCUACAAGUGAUAGUAAAAUCAGUUUUGUGGCUCAUCAUAUUCCUGAACAGAUGAAGCAGUUUCUACUAAAGGGAAUUCGUAGGAUAACUGAGGAUGGGAACUCAGAGGCUGGUGAAGAUGAUCCCUGGGCCCAAAAAUCCAUGGUACCUGAGGAUAAUUCAGAGAGACAGAUUUCAGAACUAGUAAAAGGGAGUAGUGAUCAGAAAGAGAUUGUUCAAGAAAAAGGAGAGUCUUCUUCCUCUGCAGAGGCGGAUGCCAGUGAGGUUCUUGUCUCAUUUCCAUGUGUACUUGUGACGCCAAAGAGGAAAAUGGCUGGAAGUUUAGCAGUCAUGAAAACUGUCUUGCACUUUUUUGGCGAGUUAUUGGUUGAAGGUACUGGAGGUUCAUCUGUUUUCAAAAACUUGAACUCUGGACUUAAUUCUGAAGCCACCAAGCUUGAUCAAAAGAACAAAUCUGUUAAAGGGCCAAUUCAUAAUGAUUGGAGGCCCGGGAAGGGGAUCACUGCUGAAAGGGCAGAGACUGCAAAUGAGAAUGAGCAUGAGAAAAAUCUAAAACACAUUAAGCGUCACAGGCGAUGGUGUAUUUCCAAGAUUAAAGCUGUGCAUUGGACACGCCAUCUACUGAGAUACACUGCAAUAGAGAUCUUCUUCGCUGACUCGACAGCUCCAGUCUUUUUGAAUUUUGGGUCAUUGAAGGAUGCAAAAGAAGUUGGGUCAUUGAUAGUUGCUACCAGAAAUGAAUUAUUGUUUCCCAAAGGAAGUAAUAAGGACAAAAGUGGAUACAUUUCAUUUGUGGACAGACGUGCAGCUGUUGAGAUAGCAGAAAUUGCCCGAGAGAGUUGGAGGAGAAGGGAUAUGACUAACUUUGAAUACUUAAUGAUUCUCAACUCACUUGCUGGACGAUCAUACAAUGAUUUGACCCAAUAUCCUGUAUUCCCUUGGAUUUUGGCAGAUUAUUCAUCUGAGACUCUUGAUUUUAAUAAGUCAUCAACCUUUCGUGAUCUCAGCAAACCAGUGGGUGCAUUGGAUCAGAAGCGGUUGGAGGUUUUUGAAGAUAGGUAUCGUAACUUUUCUGAUCCUGACAUACCCAGCUUCUACUAUGGCUCUCAUUACUCAAGCAUGGGAAUCGUGCUGUACUACCUUCUUAGAUUAGAGCCAUUUACAUCUUUACACCGUAAUAUGCAGGGUGGUAAAUUUGAUCAUGCUGAUCGUCUUUUUCAAAGUAUCGAGGGUACAUUUCGGAAUUGUCUUUCUAAUACAAGUGAUGUGAAGGAGUUGAUUCCCGAGUUCUUCUACAUGCCGGAGUUCCUUGUUAAUGCAAACUCUUAUCAUCUUGGCGUCAAACAAGAUGGAGAUCCAAUCAGUCAUGUUUGUCUCCCUCCCUGGGCUAAGGGUUCUCCUGAGUUAUUCAUAAAAAUGAAUAGGGAGGCACUUGAAAGUGAGUAUGUAAGCUCGAAUCUUCAUCACUGGAUUGAUUUGGUGUUUGGUUGUAAGCAGAGAGGAAAACCAGCAGUAGAGGCUGCAAAUAUCUUUUACUACUUAACUUAUGAAGGUGCAGUGGAUCUGGAAACAAUGGAUGAUGAUUUACAGAGAUCAGCAAUUGAAGACCAAAUUGCAAAUUUUGGUCAGACACCGAUCCAAAUUUUUCGUAAGAAGCAUCCAAGAAGAGGACCGCCUAUCCCAAUUGCUCAUCCUUUGUACUUUGCUCCUGAUUCUAUCAAUUUGACAUCUAUUGUGACUAGUAUUUCACCAUCAGCUGUAUUAUAUGUUGGUCUUGUGGACUCAAACAUAGUGAUCGUUAGCCAAGGGCUAACACUGUCGGUGAAGCUAUGGUUGACAACUCAACUGCAGUCUGGUGGCACUUUUACUUUCUCCGGUUCUCAGGAUCCAUUCUUUGGAGUUGGAGGUGAUGUACUCUCUUCUCGAAAAAUUGCAAGUCCGUUGGCUGAAAAUUUUGAAAUCGGAGCUCAAUGCUUUGCGACAAUGUUAUCACCAGCUGAGAAUUUCUUAAUCUCAUGUGGGAAUUGGGAAAAUAGCUUUCAAGUUAUUUCGUUACAUGAUGGCAGGACAGUGCAGAGCAUUCGCCAGCAUAAAGAUGUGGUCAGCUGCGUUGCAGUGUCUGCUGAUAACACUAUCCUUGCAACUGGAAGUUAUGAUACCACUGUAAUGGUGUGGGAAGUAGUACGUGCCAGAGGCCACGAGAAAAGAGUUAGAAACGCACAAACAGAAGUACCUCGUAGAGACCACGUGAUUGCUCAAACCCCAUUCCAUAUCCUCUGUGGUCAUGACGACAUAAUCACCUGCUUGUUUGUUAGUGUGGAGCUCGAUAUUGUCAUCAGUGGUUCAAAAGACGGGACGUGUAUUUUCCAUACCCUUAGGGAAGGCCGAUAUGUGAGAUCUUUGCGCCAUCCAUCUGGCCAUCCACUGUCAAAGCUUGUUGCUUCGAGGCAUGGGCAUAUAGUGUUCUAUGCCGAGGAUGAUCUUAGCCUGCAUCUCUACUCUAUCAAUGGCAAACAUCUGGCAAGUUCCGAAUCAAAUGGGCGCCUCAACUGUAUUGAACUCAGUAGGUGUGGUGAUUUUUUGGUCUGUGCUGGCGACCAAGGGCAAAUAGUUGUGCGAUCGAUGCACAAUCUCGAUGUUGUGAAGAGGUAUGUGGGAGCUGGAAAGAUGAUCACAAGCCUAGCGGUGACUCCAGAGCAAUGCUUCUUGGCUGGGACCAAAGAUGGACACAUUUUAGUUUACUCGAUAGAGAAUCCCCAACUCCGCAGAGCUGGUGCUGCUAGGAACAAGACAAGAGGCUCUGGGCCGUUGUAGAUCGAUCAGGUUGUCUGCAAGUAACAAUCACUGCUCAGUUGUCACGAUCGUGUUCACAACAGAAGCUGGCUUGAAGAAUCCAGAGACUGAGUUCUGCUGAAAUUACUUGGACCACAGUUUUGCUAACACAGGAGGUUUUGGUUUUAGGCGUUCUGGAGAUGAACUGUGAGGUGCUGAUUUUCAGCUGAGACUUGCAGCGCUACAGACUAGCUGAAAUGCUGGUCAUGUUGCCUUCUUAAGAUUCAGCUGCAGCCGCCAAUGAAAAGAGAAAUGCUCGCUCUUGCGGCAGGGUACUUGGAUUUGUGGAUACAUCCUUAUGCAUACUUGUAUUUGUAUACCUACCUACCUGUACAUUGUAUAGUCUUGAUAGAGGGAGGAAAUGCUACCCUAAACUUGGUCUAACAGCUGACAAUGCCAGCAGCUCUCAGGUCUAUUAUUAUCAUCUUCAGGUCAUUUUGUUGUUAGGUGAUAGAGAACAGAAACUGGACAUUGUACAGAUGGGAACCCCGCCUCGAUGUCAUCUACGGGAAAUGGUGGCAAUUUAGUACCGGUUAUGGCUACUGUUUUUACUUAUUUAAGAUUUAGAAAAAGAGCAAGCACGGGUAUGUGCUUGAUGCAGGCUAGGUACGGCAUCGAUACUCCAGUAUCAAAUACUGAACUCUUAAAUAUCAAAUUACAACCUAAAAUCAAUCUCAAU